AUGCCACCACCAAAAACCAGGAACGAGGUCCAGUCCCUCACUGGGAAGAUUGACGCUCUCGCCCGAUUCAUAUCGCGCUUAACUGACGAGUGCGCCCCAUUCUUCAAGCUCCUCAAAACUCACCGCACAGAAACCAUCAAUUGGGGACCCGAGCACGACAAGGCUUUCCAGGGUCUCCGAGACUAUCUUGCGUCAGUACCCACUCUUUCAAAACCUAUCCCAGGAAGAGUCUUGUACAUCUACCUCACCGUAGCAGUCACCGCCAUCAGCGCCGCUCUGGUUAGGCGAGAUGACAGCAAUGAGUUGCCAGUCUAUUACACCGGCAAAGGGUUCAACGAUACCGAGUCAAGUCAUUUUCACCAGUUUGCACCAUCGGUACCGCUCUUAAUCAUCGUCGCCCCUUGGGCAUAUUGCCAAUGGGGCCUGGACUUCAUCGACAAAUUCCUAACAGCACCGGGACAGCUCAAAUUCGCAAUUGUCGCAGUAGACUACAACACCAAAUGGUUCGAGGCCGAGGCUUUAGCCACGAUUACAGUUGCCAAGGUUAUUAACUUUCUGUGGAAGAACAUAUACUGCCUAUUCAGAAUCCCCGAGACAAUCAUCAUCGAUAACGGUGCCCAGAUCGACAACGAUACCCUCAGGGACUUCGUUGGCCUGUACGGCACGCAGAUUCAAUAUGCCUCCCCCGCACACCCACAGACAAAUGGCCAAGUGAAAGCUGUCAAUAAGAUAAUCAAGCAAAACUUGAAGAAGAGGCUCGACAAUGCCAAAGGCUUAUGGGCCGAAAAACUCCCCGAGGUGUUAUGGGCAAUAAGAACAACCAUAACAAAGGCCAAUGGAGAGUCCCCUUUCUGCUUAUCAUUUAGCGACGAGGCCGUGAUUCCUGUCGAGCAGGAGGUGCAUAGUGAGCGGGUCGCAUGCUUCGACCCGCUCACCAACUAG